AUGGGGCUGUUCAAUGUCACCCACCCUGCCUUCUUCCUCCUGACCGGGAUCCCUGGUCUGGAGAGCUCUCAGAUCUGGCUCGCAGGACCCCUGUGUGGGAUGUACGCUGUGGCUCUAGGGGGAAACGCGGUGAUCCUGCAAGCUGUGCGAGUGGAGCCCAGCCUGCACGAACCCAUGUACGUCUUCCUGUCCAUGCUGUCCUGCAGCGACGUGGCCAUGGCCCUGGCCACGCUGCCCACUGUGCUCAGAACCUUCUGCCUCAAUGCCCGCACCAUUGACUUUGAUGCCUGCCUCAUCCAGAUGUUCCUCAUUCAUUCCUUCUCCAUGAUGGAGUCAGGCAUUCUGCUGGCCAUGAGCUUCGACCGCUACGUGGCCAUUUGUGAUCCCUUGCGCUAUGCCGCUGUGCUCACCAGUGAAGUCAUUGCUGGGAUGGGUUUAGCAGUGACAGCUCGGAGCUUCAUCACCCUCGUUCCUCUUCCCUUCCUCUUCAAGAGGCUGCCUAUCUGUAGAUCCAAUGUUCUUUCUCACUCCUACUGCCUCCACCCGGACAUGAUGAAGCUGGCCUGUGCUGAUAUCGCUGUUAACAGCAUCUACGGACUCUUUGUUCUUGUGUCCACCUUUGGCAUGGACCUGUUAUGUAUCGUCCUCUCCUAUGUGCUCAUUCUGCGCUCGGUCAUGGCCAUUGCUUCUCGUGAGGAACGCCUCAGAGCCCUCAACACGUGUGUGUCACACAUCUUGGCUGUCCUUGCGUUUUACGUACCCAUGAUCGGGGUGUCCACGGUGCACCGCUUCGGGAAGCACGCCCCACGCUACGUGCACAUCCUUUUGUCUAACGUCUACCUCUUUGUGCCUCCUGUGCUCAACCCUCUCAUCUACAGCGCCAAGACAAAGGAGAUCCGCAGAGCUAUCGCCCGCGUGUUUCACCGCAUCACAAUGUGACUUCCAGGUUGGGCUUUAU